AUGGAUGAAGACAUGGACUAUGACUCGGGGACUCCAGCAGUUCCGCAAACGGACCUCAUGCAGCAGGCACAGCCGCAGUACCAACAGCAGAUGGCGAACUCUUCCGGAGAGGGUCGUAAAAUGUUAGACCUCGUAUUUAUACAGGAUUGUACUGGCAGCCAAGGCAGUUAUAUUUCCUCUGCAACAAAGAACAUCGAGGAAAUAUGCAAUCACAUCUAUGAGUCUGGAAGACUGCAAGCCCCGGAGGACCUUCGCGUCGGCCUGGUUGCAUAUCGGGAUCACCCACCACAGGAUCAUACCUACGUCACUAAGAAUUUCGGAUUUUCUUCAGACAUCUCGAAGGUACAUCGGGACCUGUCAAGUCUGUAUGCAUCCGGUGGAGGUGAUGGACCAGAAGCCGUCACUGCGGCCUUGGCAGAAGCCGUCAAUAUGGACUGGAGGGCGACCGCUAGCAAGAUGAUAGUGCUCAUUGCCGACGCACCACCACAUGGCAUCGGGGAGUACGGAGAUGGCUUUGACGAGGGUUCACCUGACGGUAAUGAUCCAUUGCAGCUAGCACGAUUGAUGGCAAGCCGAGGCAUUACGCUGUUUUUCGUUGCGUGCGAACCCGCGUUGAGCGGAUACUCAUAUGCUACGGACUUUUUCCAAGCCAUCGUCAACAUUACUUCUGGCCUUAUGCUUCCCCUCACUACCGCAGACCUGCUCACGCACGCCAUUGUCGGUAGCGUGCUCGAGAACUUGGAUAUGGAAAGGCUCGUACGCGAGGUUGGAGAAGCGGUAUCCCAACGAAUAUUGGGGAACAACGAAAGCGUGGAUGAUGUAGCGCGCGAGCUGCAUGAACGUCUCCUUCUACGGAACGAAAGCACAAAGAAAGUGGUGAUCGAGACGAUAUACCGCGACUCGGAAGAGGCGAAACACAAUGUCAGUGUCUACAUGCAGGCUCCUACUCUGGCAGAAGCUCGGCCUUUGUUAAAGAGGGUUCCUGGCACACGGUUCACCGAUAAAUAUCUUCAUGCUCGUAUGACCGCGUCACGCAGCUCGUAUGCUUAUUCACCAUACACCCCUGCUCCGCGGCCUGGAGAGAUCUCCCGCACUGCUGGACCUUCGAAGUCACCGAUAUUAUCGGCAUCUCCGCCUCGAAAGGUUGUCACAGAUUUCGCCGCCUUUGGUGCACCAGCCAACGCUAGCGUCUUCGGAACCGCCGUCGCGUCGACACCCUUCUCGCUUGCAGGAGGCAAGGCUGCAUUUGGUGGUAUACGUAACGGUGGGCGGGGAUUUGUUGAUGAUGACGACGAGGACGAGGAUAACGGGAGACAGAAGAUUGAACUGAGGGAAGACUCUAUCUCGCUUGAUCAGGCGAGACGCAUUGCCAUACAGGCUGCCUGGAGGUCCGCGCAUGUCUGA